UUUCUGUUGACCGCAUGAAACGAAGAGCGCCACGCCAACGCGAAGAAAUCGACCUGAAAUCAAUUGAAGAAAAAGCAGCACCUAUUAAUGGGCUCUUAAGCAUGGCUGUGAAGAGGGCUGCAAAGCUGCUGGUUUUUCUUAGUGAAGAUGACAAAAGGAAAAUGUUACUGCCAAAUGGGAUUCCAGAGUCCGUGGACCAGCUUGUUGAUGAUGUGAGGGAAGCUUGUGGAUUAAGGGGAAACUUUAGGAUCCAGUACCAGGACAAAGACUUUGGUGACAUAUUUGUUAAUUUAACAUCUACUACCGAACUUGAGGAUCUGUGUACAAUCAAAGUGAUCCCUUUGCCUGAUGAUACACCUCCUGCACAGACAGCCGUCAAUGUUAGCUGCUGUAGUGAUGAUGCCGUUUCCGGUUCCAUUUCCGGCGAUACUGAUGACACAUUAAUUCUCUCGUCACCCACCUCUGGUCAUUCUUCAAGGGCAGGGCAAUGGCCAAAGGAGUUCCCCAUUCCAAGCUUCUCCUAUGACACUGAAGUCCAAUUAGAGAGAGGAAACGCUGCCUUUAAGGCAAAGGGAACAAGAUUGACUGUCGGUCCGAGGAUGAAGUCAGACAUUUUGGAAAAGUUGUCUGAUCAAAUCUAUAUGUAUAAAGCUUACCCAAACAAUGCAGACGUUUGUGAGGUUUCAGAGGCACUGAUCAAGAAGCAUCCCUGUUUGGCAGAGCCAGGAUCCUGGAAUGGCUGCUAUGGGUGGACACAGAGACUUAAAACCAAGAUGGGAAACCUUCGUACCCACCUGAAGGGACUUGGAUGUCCUGAGCUAGCAGUCAAUUCCCUAAAGACCAAAGCUACAGCUGAUGCCUAUCCAGCAAAAAAUGUGAAGCGACCUAAACGUGGUGAGGCCAACCAUGUGCCGUCCUACCCAGUUGGCGAGACUGCAGAUAAUCUUGAAAUGGAGCGACAGGUACUUCUGAAGGAGGUGAAGAAACGGAACAAUGGGAAGAUCGUACGUGAGAAAAUGGCCAAGACAUUUGCUCUCCGUCGCCAAGAAAUCGUGGAAAAACAGCCCAGGGUGGAAGAACUCCAGGAGCGGUGGCCAGCGAUGUUUCAAGAAGAUGAGAUCAAUGCGGAAUUUCUAAGGAUCACAACUGUACCACUACAAGCACGGUUCUUUGCUGGUUUGGAUAAGAAGAGCAGUCAGCUUCUUCAGGUCCUGAGGAAAAAAGGUGGCGCCAUCGGGGAGAAAAUCAGAGACGUCCUUAAGCCUUUGGAUGAGGGUGUCGACUUGACCAGAAGAAGAGAGUGCAUCCUGAAGUCACUUGUGAUCUACCUGGGUGAAGAAGUUGGGCAUCUGAUCAAAGAGUACCUGGUUGUCCAAAAGGAAGAGGCGGAGGCAGAACUUCAAAAUGCCGCCAUGGCAAUCUUUGUUCUCCGUGAUGACGAUCUUUCCCCUCCACAGGACAUCACCCUUGUUAUUGAUGGUGUUGAAGUACUCAACAACUUGGUCUCCAUUGCAUCGGCUUGUGCCAUGCUUUUUGGCCUGACUUACGCAGUCAACCUGAGUUACCCAUUGGAACUCAAAUAUACAUUUGAAACAUUUCAAAAAAUCAUCAUGGAUAUUGAAAGUAGGCAAAUGUCAAAAAGAGUUCAGAAUCUCUCUGCUAAGCUGCAGGACUGAACUUGUAACCAGUCUGAGAUAACAGGGCCACUGUUCUUUGACAGUCAUUCAGUGAUUGUCAUCAUUUGUUCGUGUGUUUUAAAAUAGAACAUAGGACUGAAAACCUGUGGAGAGAAACAUGUCAUUUCAGUUCAAAUGGCACUUGUUUUAUUGAGGCUGCUGCUGUCACCGUCCAUUACUGGAGGGCAGUGAUUUGUUUAUUAGUGGCGGGCUGUGUGUGCGCGUGCUCUUUUGUCAAAAGUUGUUGAGUACCUCCAUCGAUAACAAAGCCAUGAAAACGUUCAUUGACAGUCAUUCAGUGAUUUGGUUUGUUCCAUUGUUUUAAAAUGACAUGUAGGACUGAAUCUGUGGAGAGAAGCACACUGUCUCAUGGUUACGCCAAAUGACAUUGGCCUUGUUAUUGAUUAAGUACUCAACAACUUGGUCUCCAUUGCAUUGGCUUGUGCCAUACUAUUUGGCCUGACUAAUGCAGUCAACCUGAGUUUACCCAUUGGAAUUCAAAUAUACAGUACUUUUGAGACCUUUUAAAAAAAAAAAAACAUCAUGGAUAUUGAAAGUAGGCAAAUGUCAAGAAGAGUUCAGAGUCUCUGCUAAGCUGCAGGGUGUGUGUGUGUGUGUGUGUGCGCGCGUGCGUGUGUGUGUAACGUGUGUGUGUGUGUGUGCGUGCAUGUGUGUGUGGGAGCGUGUGUGUGUGUGUGAGAGAGUUUGUACUCUGGGCAUUGCCUGGUUGGAGUAACUGGCUAUAAGUAAGCUGCAGGACUGAACUUGUAAGUAGUGUGAGCCUUUCACAUUGCUGCUUGUUGCACAAGCCAAUGCAAUGGAGAACAAGUUAUUGAGUAUAUCCAUCGAUAUCAGGGCCAAUGUUCUUUGACGGUCAUUCAGUGAUUUUGUUCGUGUCCGUUUUACAAUGGAACACUGGAGGACUGAAAACCUGUGGAGAGAAACGCCUUGUCACAUGGUUCGUCUGAGCCUUGGUAUUUAUCACAGAUUGCUUUAUGCUGUUGCAAGACAAAUAUUUGUUUUAAAAUGGAACAUGAACAAAAUCACUGAAUGACAAAACAAAGAAACAUGUUUCAGUUCAAAUGGCACUUGUUUUAUUGAGGCUGCUGCCGUCAGUCUAUUACUGGAGGGCAGUGCACUUAUGCGUGCGUGCAUGUGUCUGCGUGUGCAUGCGUACAUGCUCUUGUGUCAAUGGAGAACAAGUUGAGUACCUCCAUCGAUAAACUAGGCCAUGAACACGUUCAUUGACAAGUCAUUCAGUGAUUUUUGUUCAUUUCUUUGUUUUAAAAUGUAUCAUAGGACUGAACCUGUGGAGAGGAACGCGUCUCAUGGUUAGUUUGAGCUUGGUAUUUAUCACAGAACAAUGCUUUCUCUUGUAACAGCAUUAAGCAAUCUGUCAUUCAGUGAUUUUGUUUAUGUUCCACUUUAAACAAAGAAACAUGUUUCUAAUCUAAUGGCACUUGUUUUAUUGAGGCUGUUGCUGUCGUAGUCGGGAAAGGCAUUUUUGGAAGGCAGUGAUUUGGUGUGUGUGCGUGCGUGCGUGCGUGCGCUGAACAGUGUCCUUGAGUAUUCUGGUGCGUGUGUGUCAGCGUGCGCGCGCUAAACGCACUGCCACUGUCAGAUUUUUAUUUUUUUUCAUACAAUGUCUUUUUAUAUAUUGCCUACUUUUUAUUUUUAUACAUGGCCUACCUCACCAUUUUGAGUGGUUUCUUGUACCGACUAUGACUGUGCCAAUAAAAGAAAUGUGAAGUUGGAAAUUUGUCUCUUCAUUUCUUUAUGUUGGCGUGAAGUAAUUUGAUUACUUGAUUAAAAUGCAGUUUCAUAAGGUUUUUUCAAAGUGAAAAAAUGCUUUGUAUUCUUAGAAGAUAAUACUUUGAAGUUAUACAAGAUUUUGGCUCAAGCCAGGUUGAUGAUUUAAGUUGAUACAAAGCAUAAACUGCAUAUUGCAAGUUGAUAUUAUGAGUUCAAUGUAUU